AUGGCGCAGGGCAUCUCUCUCCUUCUCCUGCCUGCCCUGGCAUCUUCUUCUCCGCCAUCUUCAUUCAGGUCGGCAUACAAGGUCACAUUUGAGUCUCUACUCCCUAAGCUCGUCCCUACCGACAAAGACUCCAUCUCUCGUCUGGACAUCGGUCUGGUCUUGUCUCCUUCUUACCCCCUAAGCACUAAAACUUCACGCGCCUCCAUAUUUCCCCUCGUCCAAAACCUCUUGAAGAAGACGUACAGCCUUAUUUGCUCCGUCGCCGCUCAAAAAGAGGUCGAUCUCGACUUCCCUGGCGGGAUCGAUGUGAGGAUCUUCAUCUUAGAAGCUCGGCUGGACGAUCUCCCUCAGAACAUCGUCGGCAAGCAAUAUCUCGCCGGACCAAUAGUCGACAUCAAGACAUUUGCUCUCUCCGACCGAUCCUAUACGGCUCUUUACUCUGUUGAAGGCGAGACCCAGGAGGCUUCCCUCCAGCAAUUGAUCAGAAUAUGGAACUCCAAAUCCAGCCCUCCGCCACUGCCCCCCAUUCACCGCCUCCAGAGUGGCCCUGCGAUCGUUCAUCCUGAGAAUUCCUCCCGAGAUCCCGCAGAAUCGAACAUCGAGGAUGGACCACUUAUAAUCCACCGUUCUGUCGCUGUAGGGGGUACAUUUGACCACUUGCACAUUGGACACAAACUCCUCCUGACUGCCACAAUCCUGACCGCUGAGCCAGCUCAAUCCUCUAAACCCACCGCACAAGAAUCUCGAUUGAUUACCGUGGGUAUCACUGGAGACGAGCUGCUCGUCAACAAAAAGUACGGCUCUCUAGUCGAACAUUGGGAUGUCCGACAACGACGUACUGCCCAGUUCAUCGACUCCAUUCUGGCAUUCUACCCUCGCAAGUCAAGUACGAACCCAGCCACAGUCACCGACGCUCCCUCAACUGCCGAUUAUAUCGACGAACCCGGCCCAAAUGGCAAAGUUGUCCGUGUCAAAUACCAGUUCCCCAACACCCCAGGUAUAAGUGCAAGCGACAACAGGGCUGACAUAACGAUAAAUUAUACCCAAAUCUCCGACCCGUUCGGGCCAACUAUCACAGACCCUGACAUUACGGCACUGGUGAUUUCCGCCGAGACGCGCAGUGGUGGGAAAGCCGUCAACGACAAAAGGAAAGAAAAAGGCUGGAAAGCGCUGGAAGUUUUCGAGGUCGAUGUCUUAGACUCGGGUGUUGGGUUGGACGAUGACGGAGAACUAGCCGAGGAUGCGGGAGGGAAGGAGGAGCAAAAGAAGAGCUUCGAGACGAAAAUAAGCAGUACCGAGAUUAGGAGAAGGCUACAGGAGAGGGAGCCGGCAAAAAAUCAGUAG